GAACGCUGGAGCAAAAAUCUGGCGGGACGCAUUAUCCAUCAUCAAGCAGAGGCCAAUGGGGGAGCCAAGUGUUGCCCUCCGUCUCUGUACCUAGCAGGUUUGAGCAAUUCUCAUGCAGGCGCAAGCGAAGGGGGAGUCCUACGUGGCACAGACGCACGAGUCCUGUUCUGCAAAGAAGAACGCUUUCAACGGUCCCCUUAUUGCAGCUGACACUGGAGAUACUCGGAGGAAGAAUCUCGAGGCGAACCAAGAAUCUCACUUCGCUCCCCCAGCUUCGAUUGUAAAGCAGGCGAACGGCCGCCUUCACCAGUUUAGCAAAACGUCAAUCAGCGCGAAAGCAAGCGAACCUCCACAGCGUUGCUCCUUGUACAGUGUACAGUACGAAAAUGGCUUCUGCAAACAUGGUUUCUGCUACGACCUUGAACAAGGCUGCUCUGGGACAGGGGGUUGCCGCAUCAGGCAGCACUCUUGGAAAGAGCACCUUCACAGGAGCUCGCAUCUCUGUCCCUUGCGUCAGGUCGUCCAGACGCUCUGAGGGGAAGGUGUGCAUGUCAGCAUCCAAGGAUGAGACGAACAAGGUGUCUGCCCCCCUGAGGAAAGGUCUUGCCGCCGGGCUUCUGGCUGCGACCCUCGCCACAUCUGCAGGGCCUGCCUAUGCCGAUACCAUCCCUGUUGUUGAGAAGCGGUGGGGGCAAAUUGCGCAGAAGGUGGAGAAGGCUGGCAAGCAGGCUAAGGAAUUCACCCCCAAUCUGGAUGCCCUUAACAAGAAGAACGCCCUGGCAGAGGCAACUGCCGGCAAGAUUCCUCAGCGUAGCGCGCCCAAGUUUGGAGCUAAGAGCUUGAGUGAGGGUUUCAAGCGCCAGAAUGUGAGCUUCACGGAGGCUCCCCCGCUCACCUACGUGGUUGACACCAAGGGCACCCCUGCUGACCCCGCGACCAUUAAGGAUGAUGCCGUCGGUGGGGUCACCGAUCCCGCCAGCAUCCCUGGACGUAUCAAGGAUCGUGCUGACACCAUCGCCUCCAAGAUUGGCCAGUUGACCCCUAACCUGAAUGCUGACAAGGUUAUCCCCGGAGACAAGGGCGUCAAGGACAUCAUUCCUGACUUGGUUGAAGGCUCCAGCGAGAAGAUUCAGCAGCGCUCAGCUCCCAGCUACGGCACCGGAAAGCGCGACGGUCAGAACGUGAACUUCUCGGCUGCUCCUCAGCUCACCUACGUGGUCGACACUAAGGGCACGCCCGCUGACCCCGAGACCGUCAAGGAUGAUGCCAUCGGUGGCGUCAAGGACCCUGCCAGCAUCCCUGGACGUAUCAAGGAGCGUGCGGGCACUAUCGCCUCCAAGAUCGGCGAGUUGACCCCCGAUCUGAAUGCUGACAAGGUGAUCCCUGGAGACAAGGGCGUCAAGGACGUGAUCCCUGACUUGGUUGAAGGCUCCAGCGAGAAAAUUCAGCAGCGCUCAGCCCCCAGCUACGGCACUGGAAAGCGCGACGGUCAGAACGUGAGCUUCUCGGCUGCUCCUCAGCUCACCUACGUGGUCGACACCAAGGGCACCCCGGCUGACCCCGAGACCGUCAAGGAUGACGCCAUCGGUGGCGUCAAAGACCCCGCCAGCAUCCCCGGACGAAUCAAGGAGCGGGCGGGCACUAUCGCCUCCAAGAUUGGCCAAGUGUUGCCCGACCUGCCGACUGGUGCCAGCGCUGACCAGGAGGUUGGCAGGAAUGACCGGGGAGUUCAGAACGUGGCCCCCCGCCAAAGCGAGGGCUCCAGCAGUGUAACAGUUGGCCCAAGGGCGGGAACCGAUCCCAAGGGCGGGAGCACGGGCGUGAGCAUGACCUCCGCUCCUUCCCUGACCUUCGUGGGCCUGGACACCAAGGGCACCCCCGCUGACCCCGCUACCGUCAAGGAUGACGUCGUUGGUGGCGUCACCGACCCCGCCAGCAUCCCCGGACGUGUCAAGGAGCGUGCGGACACCAUCGCCUCUAAGAUUGGCAACUUGAAGCCUGAGCUGCCCAACGCUGACAAGGCAAUUCCCGGGGACAAGGGUGUGAAGGAUCUGGCCCCCGAUCUGGUCGAGGGCUCCAGCGAGAAGAUCCCGCAAAAGAAGGGCGGCUACGCUUCGGGCACGGGCGUGAGCAUGACCUCCGCUCCUUCCCUGACCUUCGUGGGCCUGGACACCAAGGGCACUCCCGCCGACCCCGAGACUGUGAAGGAAGACGUCGUUGGUGGCGUCACCGACCCCGCCAGCAUCCCUGGACGUAUCAAGGAGCGGGCCGACACCAUCGCCUCCAAAAUUGGCAACCUGAAGCCCGACCUGCCCAACCUGCCCAACGCUGACCAGGCAAUCCCCGGGGACAAGGGUGUUAAGGACCUGGCCCCCGACCUGGUUGAGGGCUCCAGUGAGAAGAUCCCGCAAAGAAAGGGAGGUUACGCAUCGGGCACGGGUGUGAGCAUGACCGAGUCCGCUCCCCUGAUGUUCGUGGGCCUGGACACCAAGGGCACUCCCGCUGACCCCGCCACCGUCAAGGAUGACGCCAUCGGUGGUGUCACCGACCCCGCCAGCAUCCCCGGAAGGAUCAAGGAGCGCGCGGGUACCAUCGCUUCCAAGUUGCCUGAUCUUCCCAACAUUGACCAGGCCCUUCCCGGCGGCAAGGGUUUGAAGGAUGUGGCUCCCGACGUGGUUGAGGGCUCGAGCCAGAAGAUCCAGCAGAGGCGCGCCCCCGGCCUUGGCAACUACGGCGGAGAUGGCUUCAGCCGCUCGAACGUUUCCUUGGACGCCGCCCCCGCGCUUCAGUUCGUGGGCCUGGACACCAAGGGCACCCCCGCUGACCCCGAGACCGUCAAGGAUGACGUCGUCGGUGGCGUCACCGACCCCGCCAGCAUCCCCGGACGGGUCAAGGAGCGUGCGGGUACCAUCGCCUCCAAGCUGCCCAGCCCACCCAGCGCAAGCAAGAUCCUUCCCAGCGACAAGGGUCUGAAGGACGUGGCCCCCGAUGUGGUGGAGGGAUCAAGCCAGAAGAUUCGGCAGAGGGGCGCCCCUGGAUUGGGCAACUACGGGGCUGACGGCUUCAGCCGCAAGAACGUUUCCUUGGACUCCGCCCCCGCACUCCAAUUUGUUGGCGUUGACACCAAGGGCACCCCCGCUGACCCCGAGACCGUUAAGGAUGACCUGGUGGGCGGAGUUACCGACCCCGCCAGCAUCCCCGGACGGAUCAAGGAGCGCGCGGGCACCAUUGCUUCAAAGCUGCCCGAUCUGCCCAACGCUGACAAGGUGAUUCCUGGAGACAAGGGCGUCAAGGACAUUAUUCCUGACUUGGUUGAAGGCUCCAGCGAGAAGAUUCAGCAGCGCUCGGCCCCCAGCUAUGGCUCCCAAGGAGCGGAGACCAACCGCACCAACGUGAGCUUCUCCUCCGCCCCCGUCGUCCAGUUCGUGGGUGUGGACACCAAGGGCACCCCGGCUGACCCCGCGACUGUUAAGGAUGACCUGGUUGGUGGAAUCACCGACCCCGCCAGCAUCCCCGGAAGAAUCAAGGAGCGCGCCGAGACCAUUGCCUCCAAGCUGCCCAGCCCCCCCAAGGCUGACCAGUUGAUCCCUGGGAACAAGGGGGCCAAGGACAUUGCCCCUGACCUGGUUGAGGGUUCGAGCGAGAAAAUCUCCCAGCGUUCGGCUGGCCAGUAAAACUCCGAACGGUAAAACGUUUGUAGUGUAUCAUUUGCGAAGAGUGUCGAAACUGAUCUGCGCGGGAACGGUGAUGGCCGUUGAUCUAGGCGAGCAGGAUUAGCAAGCUAGGCAUCCGUGUUGAGUGGCAACUGUAGGAACAUGCAGGCUGUAUGGACGAUGUAGGAAAGUUGGGUGUGACAAUUUUGUUGAAAUAAUGGAACAUUUUGGAACAUAUAAAUGUUCCAAAAUUUUGGCUAAUCUAAUCUUAUUGUUUGCAUAUUCUAAGCCGUGCACAUGAAGCAUGCACGCAAUUCAAAACCAUCUUUGGUUGAAAUUAAAUUCUCCAAAUUGCAUCGCAC